AUCGAUAUUUUAGAGGUUUGGUGUAUGCUGUGUCUAACGACCGGUUCAGGUCUCUGGAUGCUCUGCUCAUGGAGCUCACAAGGUCCCUGUCGGACAAUGUCAACCUUCCCCAAGGAGUCCGGACGUUAUAUGCCUUGGAUGGAGGCAGGAGAAUCACCAGCCUGGAUGACUUAGUAGAGGGUGAGAGUUAUGUGUGUGCCUCAAAUGAGCCCUUCCGACGUGUGGACUACAACAAGAAUGUCAACCCCAACUGGUCGGUGGGCUGCAAGACCGGCACAUCACGUUCCCUCUCCUCUCUCAUCACGCUGAAGAACGAGCUGCAGCGUGAGUCCAAGGACUUCAUCAAACCCAAACUAGUCACAGUCAUCCGCAACGGUGUCAAACCCCGCAAGGCAGUACGGAUACUGCUCAACAAGAAGACAGCACACUCCUUCGACCAGGUGCUCACUGACAUCACAGAUGCAAUCAAGUUGGACUCUGGGGCUGUGAGGAGACUGUACACUUUGGAGGGCAAGCAGAUUAUCUGCCUACAGGACUUCUUUGGGGAUGAUGAUGUGUUUAUAGCGUGCGGCCCGGAGAAGCACCGCUAUGCUCAGGACGACUUUGUUUUGGAUCACAGUGGUAAGGCUUCCACAGCCUUUAUAACUGAAUGCAGAGCGCUAAAGACGUCGCACUGCCGCACUGCUACUCUGAACAGGACAGCUAAAAGCCCUGGACCUUCACGACGCAGCAAGUCCCCUGGUUCAGCAAGGCAACCUGUCAACCUCUCCACCAGUCAGUCUCCAAUCAAAUCCCCAGUAAACGGUGUCUCAAGCAGCCAGAUAUCAACUCCAAAGUCCACCAAGUCCUCCACUCCAUCUCCCACCAGCCCCCGACCCAUGCCUUGUUUUAAGAUCCCUCCGUCACAUCACAUCUUGUCCUCAAAUGUAAAUGGCUCAUUGAACAACCCCGAGGAGCAAACUAACCAACUGAGUCCAGAGGCAGUUAAUGGUAACCGCUAUCUGCCUGCCUCCACCAUCUUGGAAAAAUACAAGAUUGGCAAGGUCAUUGGAGAUGGCAACUUCGCUGUCGUCAAAGAAUGCGUGGAGAGGUCCACAGGAAAAGAGUUUGCACUGAAGAUCAUCGACAAGGCCAAGUGCACUGGAAAGGAGCACCUUAUAGAGAAUGAAGUCGCAGUGCUGCGGAAGGUGAAACACCCCAACAUCAUCAUGUUGAUAGAGGAGGUGGACACUCCCUCUGAACUCUACCUGGUUAUGGAGCUUGUAAAGGGAGGGGAUUUAUUCGAUGCCAUCACCUCCUCGGCCAAAUACACUGAGAGAGACGCCGGUGUCAUGGUGUAUAAUCUCGCUGGAGCUCUAAAGUACCUGCACAGCACAAACAUCGUCCACAGAGACAUUAAACCAGAGAACUUGCUGGUGUUCGAGUAUCCAGAUGGCACCAAGUCAUUGAAGUUGGGGGACUUUGGCUUGGCCACAGUGGUGGAAGGACCUUUGUAUACCGUAUGUGGAACUCCUACAUAUGUGGCUCCAGAAAUCAUCUCAGAGUCUGGUUAUGGUUUAAAGGUAGACAUCUGGGCUGCAGGUGUCAUCACAUACAUCCUUCUUUGUGGCUUUCCUCCAUUUAGGAGUGAGAAUAACCUGCAAGAGGAUCUGUUUGAACAGAUCCUUAUGGGGCGACUGGACUUUCCCAGUCCUUACUGGGAUAACAUCACUGACUCAGCCAAGGAGCUGAUAGGAAAGAUGCUGCAGGUCAACGCUGAGGCUCGAUACACAGCACAAGACAUCCUCUCCCACCCUUGGGUCACGGACGACGCAGUCAUAGAGAACAACAUGCAGAUGGAGGUCACAGGUGAACUGAAGACGCACUUUGACACUGCGCCCAAGCACAACAACACCACAGCUGCGGUGUCCGUCAUCCUGAGCACAGCUCUAGAUAAAGAGACCCUCCAGCUCACCAUCCAUCGUCGUCCUCAGCCCCAAACAGUGCCAUGUCCACCAUCGUCAGCUGGCAAGAAAGUCCCAACCAAACCAGCAUCUCCAACAAAGUCAGGACCAGCAUCUCCAACCAAACAGGCAUCCCAGGCCAAAGAACCCAAACCCACCAAGACCUCUCGUCUCAAGGCACCCAAGACCGCUGCGCCUGCUGUUCCUGAUGCCACACCCACUUCUAAUGCUCCCUGCUCACAUUCCCCAACUGACGCUGUUGAUGUAUCUCCUUCUGCCCCAAUAAGUUUGCUUUUCUCCCCUUUACCUUCUGCUGAAACUGUCCCCAUCACCUCUUUGCCUGUUUCCACCCCUCCUGAAACUACAUCACCCUUCGCCGCUCCCUUCUUUUCUCUCGAAGCUCACUCACUCUCUGGCCCUCCUGCUCUUUUAACCUGCAACACUCCCGUUAUACCCAUGUCAUGCCCUUCCCCAUCAUCUCCAACCAAACCAGCCCAAACCUCAUCUUCUCCCACCAACCCAGCCUCUCUUUCUCCCACCAAACGAGUCCCUUCCUCCUCUUCUAGCAAAAAGGCAACAUCCCCAUCAACUUCCCCUUCAAAACAACCUUCCCCCUCCCCAAUCUCCCCAAUCAAACCUGUCAUGUUCUUCCCUUUCUCUUCCCCAACCAAACAAAAACCUCCCUCCCCCUCUCCCAUCCAUCCAACGCUGUUUCCCUCUCCUCCCUCUACACCGCCCAGAUCCACGACCCCGCCCUGUCUCGCUGGCCCUCCAUCUCCUAGCCCCGAAGCUGAAGAGCUAAUGGAGGAGAUUUAAAUGGCAAUUCUGUAGCCAAUUUCUCCCCACACUCCUUCUCU